AUGGCGUUUAAAGGAUUCAGUUCAAUGAAAAAGAAUGAACUGGAUAAAUGUCUCAAUAAUAUCGGCGCUCAACUCACUGCAGUCACUACUAAAGAAAUCCAAAUAUUUUCAGGAAAGUGUACUAGUGAAUAUACAACAGAUUUGAUUGAUAUUUUGUCUCAAAUAAUAACAAAUUUAGAGUAUUCAGAGUGCGAAAUUCAAUUAGCGAAAAAGGACAUAUUUAAAGAACUUACAGAUUAUGAAAAUUCAGCUAAACUUGUAGUGUUUGAUUAUUUGCACCAGGCAGCAUAUCAAGGAACACCUUUGGCGCAACGCGUUAUUGGAUCUAUAAAAAAUAUUGAAAAGUUUGAUGGUUAUGAAGCAUGUUGUUUUAUAAACAAACAGUAUAAACCCGAAAACAUGGUUUUGGCUAUUUCAGGAGGCACAAAGCAUGUGGAAAUAUUUAGUCAUGCACAGAAAAGAUUUAGUCAUAUUUGCUCUGAUGAAAUUAAUUGUUCAAAUCAUGAGAUAUGUCGUUAUACAGGUUCAUCUAUAGUGUAUCGUGAUGAUUCUAUGCCAUUUGCUCAUGUCGCAAUAGCUUUGGAGGUUCCUGGAUAUGGAAAUCCUGAUUACUGGUCCCUUUUUGUCGCAAACUGUAUUUUGGGAAGUUGGGAUAGAAGUCAAGGUGGAGGAGAUUCUCAUGGUGCUUAUUUAUCUCGGGCAGCUGCUUCGAAUUAUCUCUGUGAGUCCUAUGAGCCUUUUUAUAUUGCUUACCGAGAUACGGGUCUUUGGGGCGUAUAUUAUGUAGCUCAAAGCACAAAUUUGGAUGACCUUUUACAUAAUGUUCAACAACAGUGGAUGCAUUUUUGCGCAAGUAUUACGGAUUCUGAAGUGGAGAGAGGAGUUAAUUUUGCAAAACUUAAAUUGGCAAAGGAAGUUGAAAAUGUUAUGAAUUCCAGCUAUGAUAUUGGUCUGCAAAUAUUAUAUACUAAUAAGCGUCUUUCGUUGCUUGACAAAUAUAAAAAUUUGAGUUAUGUUACUGCAAAAAUUAUAAAAGAGGUCGGACACAAAUAUAUUUAUGACAGAUGUCCAGUAGUGUCCGCAAUUGGUCCAACGGAGUGUUUGCCAGACUAUAAUAGAAUAAGAUCUGAUAUGUAUUGGUUGAGAUAUUAA